CGAGCGUUAAGGCCUACUGACCGAAACUUAAUGGGCUGAUAAACUUGGAAGGAAGAGCGCGAUUUACCCUUUCCUGUCUACAAAAUGGCGGAAAGACCUAUGUGGGAGCAAAUUGGAACAAGUUUUGUACAGCUGUAUUAUCAACAGUUUGAUACCAAUAGGGAACAAUUAGGUGCCCUUUAUACAGAUGCUUCCUGUUUGUCUUGGGAAGGUCAGCAGUUCCAAGGAAAAGCUUCAAUUAUGGAAAAAUUGAUGACGCUUCCUUUCCAAAAAAUUCAGCAUAAUAUAACAUCCCAGGAUCAUCAGCCAGCUCCUGACAAUUGUAUCCUUAGUAUGGUUGUUGGCCAAUUGAAGGUAGACAAUGAUCCAGUAAUGGGAUUCCACCAGAUGUUUGUUCUCAAAAACAUGAAUGACAAAUGGGUUUGUUCUAAUGACAUAUUUAGGUUGGCUCUGUAUAAUUUUGCCUGAAAUUUCUGCUCUUGGUUUACACACUACAAAUAUCAUAUUAAUGUUGGCUUUUAAGUGUGUCUGAGUUAUUUUCUUUCUGUAACUGCAACUGAAAUGCAUUUAUCUAUUAAUUGAAAUAAUUUUAAAUAGUUGCAGUAUUACAUACCCUUUAAUGUAAAACAUUUAAUACUUUAUGAGAAAAUAGUUUGUCCAUUUUAACUAUAUGAAGCUUGUGGAGAUAACAUGGUGUAUCAGUGUAUACACAUUUCUUAUACAAACAACAGUUUGGCAAUAAAAUAAUCUGCAUGCAGUUUUAGUGAACCAAAAAGAUUUGUUAUGUCUAAAUGCCCUUUUUUCACAUGAUUCAAAUUUAAUAAUAUUUUCAUGUUAUUUCUUAACAAUGUAAUGUUUACUUAAAAAAAGUAAUCCUUGUUUGUUGCAAAUGUUCUGUAGCCAUGUACAUAUAGAUGUUAAUUCAUGUAAGGGUGUCAGUGAUGUAACAGUACAUACCGUAAC